UGUGGCCACAAGGAAAGUUCGUUUGUCUGUCUUGGCACGGCUGGAAGGAAAAUUUUAGCAAAGAACUUCCGGGCAUUGGAGACCAUGGAUAAAUAUGAUGUGAUUAGGGCCAUUGGGGAAGGUGCCUUUGGGAAAGCUUACUUAGCUAAAGAGAAAUCAGAUAGCAAGCAUUGCGUCAUCAAAGAGAUCGAUUUUGCAAAGAUGCCCAUCCAAGAAAAGGAAAAUUCAAAGAAAGAAGUCAUUCUUCUGGCAAAGAUGAAACAUCCGAACAUCGUAACCUUCUUCAGUUCAUUUCAAGAGAACAGCAGGCUGUUUAUUGUCAUGGAAUAUUGUGAUGGAGGAGAUCUCAUGAAAAUAAUCAACAAACAACGGGGAGUGCUAUUUAGUGAAGAUCAGAUCCUGGGUUGGUUUGUACAGAUUUCCCUUGGACUAAAACAUAUUCAUGACAGGAAGAUAUUACACAGGGACAUUAAAGCUCAGAACAUUUUUCUUAGCAAAAAUGGAAUGGUGGCAAAGCUUGGGGACUUUGGUAUAGCAAGAGUCCUGAAUAAUUCCAUGGAACUUGCUCGAACUUGUGUUGGAACACCUUUUUACCUGUCCCCAGAGAUCUGUCAGAAUAAACCCUACAACAAUAAAACGGAUAUUUGGUCUCUUGGCUGUGUCUUAUAUGAGCUCUGCACACUCAAGCAUCCUUUUGAGGGUAACAAUUUACACCAGCUGGUUCUGAAGAUUUGUCAAGCACAUUUUGCUCCAAUAUCUCUAAGAUAUUCUCGUGAUCUACGGUCCUUGAUACCCCAGCUCUUUAAAGUAUCUCCUCGAGAUCGACCGUCUAUUAAUGCCAUUUUGAAAAGACCCUUUUUAGAGAAUCUUAUUGCCAAAUACUUGACUCCUGAGGUCAUUCGGGAAGAAUUCAAUCACACGGUCAUACACAGAGCAAGAGCACCAGCCUCACGGCCUGCUGGGAAGGUGGUCCAGGACUUUAAAAUACAGAAAGUGAGAUUCCAGGAAAAGUGGUCACCAGGAUCAAGGGCAUCCACACCAGUUAAAAGGAAGGAUCCUUUACAUAGGAACGAAUGGAGACUGCCAGCUGGAGUCCAGAAGCCCGUAUCUAUAAAAAUGAUAGAAAGGCCCAAACUUGCUGCCAUGUGUGGACAUUAUGAUUAUUAUUAUGCUCGGCUUGACUUGUUGAGGAAGAGAGCCCAUGAACCUAGUCACCACUCUGUUCCUCAAAAAGAGACUGAAGUUGAGAAUUACAUUCAGGAAGAAAGUCACGGUCCAUCCCCAGAUCAAUGGCCUGCUGAGUUCCUUCAGAGGAAGUUUGAAGCUCAACAAUAUAAGUUGAAAGUGGAAAAGCAAUUGGGUCUCCGUCCAUCUUCUGCUGAGCCAAAUCGCAACCAGAGACAAGAGCUAAGAAGUCAUGCAGAAGAACCUAGAUUCCAGGAGCUGCGGUGUAGGAAAAAUGAAAUGAAGGAACAGGAAUAUUGGAAGCAGUUGGAGGAGAUACGCCAACAGUACCACAGUGACAUGAAAGAAAUUAGAAAGAAGAUGGGUACGGAGCCAGAGGAGAGCUCAAAAAUAAGUCAUAAAACCUAUUUGGUGAAGAAGAGUAACCUGCCCAUCCACCAAGAUGUACCUGAGGAAGAAGCACCUGUGCAGGUAGGGAUGGCUAUCUGUUGCCCAGGCUGGAGUGCAGUGGCACGUUCAUAGCUCACCACAGCCUUGACUUCCUGGGCUCAGGACAUUGAAAGAGACUUGGAGCAAAUUAGUCUUCAGAACAUAAAGGAGAAUAAAAUUCCAGGACAGAAAUAUAAAGCUAAGAGAGGAGUAAAGUUUGAAAUUAAUUUAGACAAAUAUAUUUCUGAUGAAAACAUGCUCCAAGAGGAAGAGGCAAGGGAUAUACUAAAUGAAACUUUGACCUUUGAGGAUGGCGUGAAGUUUAAGGAACAUAAGUGUACAAAGGAGCAUGAAGAUUAUACAGACAAAGCAUUUGAAAAACUCUGCUGCCCAGAGGCAGGGUUUUCCAUUCAGGAUGCCGCUGCUGUAGGAAACAGGAGGCAGUGGGAUGAAGGAACACCUCGGACUCUGCUGCAGAUGAUGGCAGUGGCCAACGUCACCUCCACCUGCUCCACGGUGUCUGAUGAUGGCCAAGUUAUUGUGAUAGGAGGCAUUCCAGAAAACAGGAGACAGUGGCGGCAUGAGGCUCCGGGAACUUUAAUGAGUGUCUUGGCAGCAACACAUCUAACGAGUAGCUCAUUUUCUGCCGACGAGGGAGAAUUCGGUCAUUUAUAUACCGAGUUCAGGUUAAUUGGGUGCCAAGAAACAGUUUGGGGAGUUUAG